AAAAGUUCACGACUGAUUUUGACUUGAGAGAUACAGUAAAUAAUAGGUUAUUUUAUUACCUACUUCGGAAUUUGGCACAAUAACCACUUUUAGAAAUCUACUUCCACUAUUCGAACGAAAUCAAUGAUAUAGAAUAAAAAUUUACUGCAAUGGGCUCACUUUCUAGAUUUCAUAAAAUAGCCCUCAUCAGCUUAGGUGCUGUAGGUGGUGGUUUAGCGUACUAUCAGAUAAACAGCGGGAAAAAUGAGAAGAAAUACGGUGCUUAUAAUUCAUGGACUACAAAUUUUACUCCAAGCGUGAAAUGGGACAAGAACUGGGACCAAGAACCAGAGUCCAUAGUUAGACCAAAAAGGUCAGAUGAACCAGAAGAAGAGAACAAAUACAAUGAGAAAUUGGAAAAAGCGAGAAGCAAAGCUGUCAGACAUCUAUUCUUGAUCAGACAUGGCCAGUACAAUGUGCAGGGAGAAACAGACAAAGAAAGAACCCUCACGGACCUAGGUAGAAUCCAAGCAGACCUAACAGGUCAGAGACUAGCAUCCUUAGAUAUAAAAUGGGAUCUACUUGUUAAAUCUACAAUGACAAGAGCACAGGAAACUGCUGCCAUUAUAGCAAAGCACUUAGACAAAGAUAUUGAAGUUAAAGAUUGUCAAUUAUUAGAAGAAGGUGCUCCGAUACCCCCCGAACCUCCCGUGGGACACUGGAGGCCUGAACCAAGACAGUUCUUCCAGGACAGCGCAAGAAUCGAAGCGGCGUUCCGGAGGUACUUCCACAGAGCUCCCCCGGAACAGACCAAGGACACCUACACGCUGCUCGUGUGCCAUGCCAACGUCAUACGCUUCUUUGUGUGCAAAGCCCUCCAGUUCCCGCCCGAAGGCUGGCUGAGGAUCUCGUUGAACCACGCCUCGAUAACGUGGAUCUCGAUAAUGCCGAACGGAAACGUAGUGCUCCGCUCGCUCAGCGAUACCGGCCACAUGGAACCUAAAUACAUAACGAGCCGGUAAACGUUGCUCACACGUACGCUACCAACAUUGAGAAGUGACGUCAUGUUAAAAUUGUAAUCAAACAUUUCGGCCGGUUGCUCUAAGUUAAAAACCGCGCAAAGGAAAUUAAAUUCAAACUAGAAUACAAUUUCGAGUUGUAAAUUGAAUUGCCAACGUCGACUUUUCGAAGUUUGAUAAUUUCCCUAUAAAUUUCGGCAGUGUUGCAAGCGCUACGAUCACUGGUCGAUUGAGUGCAGGCAGAAUGUUUGAAGCAGGCAAAUGUCUGCCCUAACUCUAGUCCGGUUUUCGUCCAUGGUUCAUUUCGUUAAAGGGAGCCACAGCUCUGAAGAACCGGCGAUACAAACGCAGCGGUCUUCUGUUUUUUCUUAUAACAAACAGUAAUGCAUAUAUAAUAGAAAACUCGAUCUAUGAAAUUGAAGAAGCUAAACAUUAUUUCAAAUUCAUUGAAAUUUGUUCUUAUCGCGAAAUGGAAUUCCCAAGAAUAAUUUUAUUAAUAAUUAUAUUUAUUAUUAAUAAUUACAAUAAAAUAAAUGCAAACAAAAAAUAAGCAAAUUAUGAAAACGAAUUAAACUAGACCAACAAACGUAAACUAGAUUCGACUUUAUUGCAUACAGCUGAAGCUUUAAAAUCGCUUGUAACAGUAUCGCGUGUGAGUCAAAAGCGCAAACAACACCAGUAUGCUUAGUGCGAGUUUUUUAACAUUCUCGAUAGCGUAAAAGCGAAGUCAGUUUUCUAUGCAGUUGGAACAGCGCCCCUAGCGGCAAACGUAGGCAAAUGAUCCAUACAAAUUUGACUUAACUUUUACGCUAUCGAGAACGUUAAAAACUCGCACUAAGCACACAGAACCCGACCGAAAUAAACUUACAUUGCUGUCUAUAGUUUUAACAUGACGGCCCGUCUGUUAGGCAAGUAGUGGUUAUACACGGAGAUUGGUGGGUAGUUGGUUAUUAUUGUAUGAACUCGACCGGGAUUACUUGUUAAUAGCUCUCGAUAAACUGUAUGUAUGCAUUGUCUACAGUUUUAAUCUAUGUCCACAAACGAACCGCACUGUUUUAUUUCUCGCCGGAUCUUCUCAGUGGGUCGCGUUUUCGAUCCGGUGGUAGAUUUUGCGAAGCACUGCUCUUGCUAGGGCUAGUGUUAGCAACACUCCGGUUUGAGCUCCGUGAGCUCACCUACACGUUAGGGCGAAGCUAAAAUAGCUUCUUAAGGCUAUCAGCAUAGGUAGGAAAAAAAACUGUUUUAUGGAGAGCUGUCUGCAGUCACCGCGGCCGACAGCGAACACAUCGCCGUCAAAUAUAUUGAACAUAAAACGGGUUGAAAAGUGUAAAUUUUAAAUAUUUAUAUAUCUUUGUAAUCGAUUGUAGGAGUACUGCGAACGGAUCGCACGUAUCAACGGACGCAUUUGUAGAAUAAGUGCUCUUAUCAGGAAUAAUACCAUAUGCAGUUGUUGGUUAUUGAAAAAUAUAUGUGUCAAUUAAAUCGCAUAUAAGUACUUAAUUAACUUAGAUUAAUGGCGACGCAUAAUGCGUUCGUAUACAGAUACGACCGAACACGAACGAUAAUAAUGUUUAUAUUUUAAAAUAUACUUAAAAUAAAUAAGGAAAAUAUAAUAAUUUUAAUCUUUUUUUUUUUUAUCUUAAGCUAAACAAUAAUUACAACGUGUGACGUUGUAUGGGGCUGUUGUGUAUUACUCCGCGAUCGAUGUUUCGAUGCGUAAUUUGGCCUCAAAUGACGUCACACGCGACGUGACGUAAAAAAUAUUUGUUAAGAAAAAAAAUAGCAGCUGUUCUAUUACUUCGUUUACUUAAAUUAAUGUAUAUUGUAAUAAACGUAUUUAAUAUGUUGAAUCAUAUAUCUGCGUGUGAGGGAACUGUUCUUUAAACUACGGCCGGUAUAUAUUUAUAUUAGGUCUGUUGAACUUAUGAAGUUGCCGUGACUUUUUGGCGGGAACGCGAGGAGUGAAGUUGUGUGAUUUGUUUUAUUUUGUCUUUUUAGUGUUUCUUCAGUUUUAAAUGUGUAAUAACGGU